UAAUACAACUUGAUCAUUCUCCUUGAGUCCAAAGGAGUUCUUCUUUCCACAUAGUCAUGUGUGACUUCUUCUGGCCAAGGGUGGAGAGCAACCGCGGAGAGCUUGAGGAUGUCGUCCGAUCAGGCAGCCGAAGUGGCAGCCAGUUGGAACCGGCGGCCACCGCGGAGGAGGAUAUGGGUUUCCCUUUGUCGAGAAGCCUCGGUGUUGAAGAUCCUAAUCUUGUUCACCUGCCUCUCGAGUUCUUGGAUGUUGGGGGAGAGCAAGAGAGCUUGAACAGGCCUUGUGAUGACUUGCUGAGGGUUCUACAGAUCUCUCCCGGAAGGCCGUCACAGCAGGCGCUGCCGGUGGUGGUCAUGGCUGGUACUCCAGUGGAUCACGGCGGUGGACUACUUGAGAUCUCCUCUCCUAUGGCUCAAGGGAUCAAAAGAAGAAAAAGUCAGGCCAAGAGGGUGGUUUGCAUUCCGGCACCAAUAGUGGCGGCAACCGGGCGACCAAGCGGUGAGGUUGUUCCUUCUGAUCUAUGGGCUUGGAGAAAGUAUGGCCAAAAACCUAUCAAGGGUUCUCCUUAUCCAAGGGGUUACUACAGGUGUAGUAGUUCCAAAGGAUGCUCGGCGAGGAAGCAAGUAGAGCGCAGCCGAACGGACCCUAACAUGUUGGUCAUCACCUACACCUCCGAGCACAACCACCCUUGGCCGACUCAUCGCAAUGCCUUUGCAGGAUCAACUCGAUGCCAUGCCCCCAAGAACCACCCUAAACCAACCCUAGAAGAACCGGUCGAAUGCGUAAAGCAAGAAGCACUACACAUUGAGUCGACCGAACACAAGGCAACGAUGGACCGAGUGGCCGAAGAAGAAGUUGACUUCGACCUAACCACCAACAAUCAGACGGCCGAUGAAUUGAUAGGGUUCAAGGGGGUCGGCCUAACGAGCCGGACCUUAGACAUGGAAGGGAAUUCAAGGGGGGACAAGAGCUUAAUGGACAUGUUUGACUGGUCAGAAGCUCUGGACUUGAACUGAGCAAUAAGAAAUACUGAUCUGAACAAAAAGAAACAGAAUGAAGAUUAUGAGAUGAGAUGAGAUGAAAUGAGAGAGGGUUAAAGGAGUUGAGAUAGGGAGGAAUUGAGACCUAACAAUUGUUUUUGGGGUUUGGAAUAUUUUGGGAUGGGACAGAAAGCUGAGGAACAGAAACCCUAAACAGUUGCACCAAGUACAACAUGCAUGCUCUGUGGAUGUGACUAGGAAUGCCUUAAAAUUUGUGCGUGAUAAGGUUUCACUCUUUUCUUCUCCUACUUUUCUCUCUCUUACUUAUUCUCUACCUCUUCCUUCUCUUCCUCUUUCUUUUCUUCUUCCUCUUCUAUAUUUAUGUUGAAUUUAAGUCUAAAAUGAC